UGCAAUUCUGGACUUUGUGUUUACGUAGUUAAGAGGAGGAUGGACAGAGGGAGAGAGAUAGAAAGAGAAAAUAUUAAUCUUAUCUGACACAUAUGUAGAAUGUAACGGAGAACAGCAACAGCAACAUUUACAAAUUAAAACUUGCGAUGUCAAGCGUAUAUUAGUUUGUUUUCUAAGCUGGAAAAUGACACGUACAAAAGCUAAUUACAUUAUUUCUUUUAAGCGCCAUUUUUAAAUUAUACUGUGCAGGAUAUAACAUAUACGAAAUCGAUAUGUUUUAAACAUUGACAUUUUAAACAUUGAAGGGCAAAUGGCAGAGAUGAACAGAGAAGACAGUAUAUAUAAUUCAAUAAUUAUCUAUUGCGAGGAAUAUGCGGGAAAGUGGCAGAGAUUGUUACAGCAUCCUAAUAUUGUCCGACUUAAGGAGCAGUUUGCUAGCAAUCCAUUUUUGCAAGUGGCUGCCACUAUUGUGAUAGCAUCGCUAUUAACCCCUGUUCUUCUCUUCAUUGUACUUGCUAUUGUCAGUGCUAUAUUUGCGUUUAUCGGUUUUAUGAUGGUUCAAGUGACAGUAUUGGCAAUCGGUGCAAGUAUCUUAAGCUGUAUUUUUUUCUGUAUCGCGAGUACUUUUAUAAUGAUAGGAUUAUGUAUUCUCACUAUCUACUAUGCAUUAUAUUAUGUAAGUCAUGCGUUUGAUCAUUUAACUUUGCGAUAAAGUCUGUGAUGUUCUGUACAGAUUGUUACUUUUUCAAGUCUAUUCUAUGUGAUCUUUAAUUGCAAUUUUAUGUACAUAUAUACGCAUAUAUAAUUUCUGUCACAAAUUGCAUAUGUAGGUCAUGCAAGGUAGGCUUUAGUGAAAAAGGAUCACAUGUGAUGCUUUUGAUUAAUAACUUAUCACUAAUUAUUAUUUUAUUAUGGAUGAACUGUAUUUAAUAAACUAAACUGAACUCUGUUUAA